AUGAAGCGUCUACUUUCGAAUGAUCUUUCAACAUCACCACCAACGAAAAUAUCUGCUGUCACCUCUAACGAAGAAGAAAUGAAUAAUAAUAAUAAUUCAUAUAAUCUUAAUAAUGGACAUCAAAAUGGUGAUAGCAAUGAAGCCAAAAAAGCACGAAUUGAAAAAAGUCCACCAUCACGUGUUGUUCAUUUAAGAAAUAUUGAUGCAAGUGAAUUAGAAAUCGUUCAAUUUGGUCUUUCAUUUGGUAAAAUUACAAAUGUACUUAAUUUACGAAAAAAAAAUCAAGCAUUUCUUGAAUUUGACAGUAUUGAACAUGCACAAGCAAUGACUGAUUAUUUUUCUUCAAUACCUAUAUUAUUAAAUGGUCGACAAAUAUUUGUACAAUUUUCAAAUCAUCAAGAAUUAAAAACUGAUCCAAAUAAUGCAAAUAAUCAACAAGCACAAGCUGCAUUACAAUCAGCAACAACAUUACAAGAAAUUGGACGAACAGGUGGACAAAAUUGUGUAUUACGUGUUAUUGUUAGUAAUAUGAUUUAUGCAGUUAAUGUUGAUAUAUUUCAUCAAAUCUUUGGUAAAUUUGGUGUUGUUUUAAAAAUCAUUACUUUUACAAAAAAUGAUAAAUUUCAAGGAUUAAUACAAAUGAAAGAUGCAAUAACUGCACAAUCUGCAAAAUUGAAUUUAAAUGGUCAAAAUAUUUAUAAUGGUUGUUGUACAUUACAAAUUGAUUUUUCUAAAUUACAUGCAUUAAAUGUCAAAUAUAAUAAUGAUAAAAGUCGAGAUUAUACAAAUCCAACAUUACCAUCAAGUGAAAAUGCUAAUGAACCUAUUUCAAUUGGUGCAAGAUAUUUAACAGGUAUUCCAAAUGUUUAUGGUUCACCAUUAAUGGCAUUUACUGGAGCUCCAUUGACAACACUUUCAGCGAUAAACAAUGGUGCUAUUCAUUUUCCACCAUCAACAGCAACUGUGUUAAAUGCAAAUCAAUUAGCUCAACAAUAUACAACAGCAAUAGCUUGUUCUAUUCCAAGUGGAACAAAUCCUACUACAACAUUAUUACAAACAACAAAUACAACACAAUCUCCAUUAUCAUUAUCAACAUUACAACAACAUACUCAUCAACAUGGACCAACUACAAGUCCAUAUAUAUUUCUUUCAGGUCCAACAUCAUCAUCUGAUGAGGUAUGUGGAAAUGGUGGUGGUACUAGUGUUGCUACUGGGAAAACUGCAACUCUAUCUUCACCUUCUGCUCUUUAUUUUUACAACAACAACAGUACACCCACCAUGUACUCUGCUGACUUUCUGCGCUUGUGA